AUGGCUCCUUUCACCAAGACUCCAUCGUUUUUGAAGCGUUUCGUUUCCUCCAUGAGGGACUUGUUGGAUGGCCAUGCGCACCUCGGCAAAAAGUGGGAAGGCUUGCAAGCUACGGAAGCAUUUGACCAAGGAGAACUUGUAUCCAUGUCAGGAGGAGGAAAGCGUCUACGAGUGGCAUUUCGAAACCUCUGUCCGUUCCCACUAUUGCUUUGUUGGGUAUCCCAUGACUCCCAACUGCAUCAUUUCUACAAAAUAUCACCCCAAACAGAGCCAAUCAAGGAAGAAGCAAUGGUUACUAUUGAGGAUCACGUUGAGACUACGGUGGGUGGAGAUACCUUUUGCUUUGUCUGCCUACCAGAAGAUGACAUCGAUGAGGCACGAAGGAACAAAAAGUUGCCUAAAUCUGCGUCGGUCGUGGCGGGUUUCAUGCCCAACGACUACAAAAAGAAUAAGGGAGAGAAGGACCCAGUCUAUUUGGUGACCAUCGGUUAUGAGGACGAGGACUUUAGAGGCUCACAAGAAGAAGUUAUUUGUUGCAAACCGACGUUUUUGCGGAAACGGCAACGCCCAACCUUUGACGUUAUUGACAAAAUCACCAAACCCAAACCAGCUGCAUUCUUCUUAAAGCAGGCGAUUGCAAAGAUCGACCCAACUCCUUACGAUACGUCGACCAAAUUUUACGAACGCAAGCUACUGGGUGGUUGGCCAGUUUACAUGGAGCCAAACUGGCAUGGGGGAGACAAAAAUAUCGAGAAACGAUUGUGCAAAGACCUGGAAGCCGCCGCAAAGAUCCUGCCAAGACAUGCUGUGGAAUAUCUGCGAGAAAAUUGCCCAAUAUGGAUCAAUUCAUCCAUCAAGUUUGGUCCCAGAGUAUGUCCAAGCCGUGCUGUCGGUUGCUGUUAUCAUCCUACUAGAGACUGGCUGGAAGAAAACGGACAUUGUGUCGAAAAGCACAAAUGCGUGGAAAUUAAUGAUGGCCUCGGAUAUGCCAAGGAUGUCGAUUUCUGGGGUGUCGGAGGACUCAUGGUACAUGAACUCAGUCAUGCCUACCAUCAUCGUCUGUUGCAAGACGGUUACGAAAACAAGGAGAUUGAAGAUUGCUUUCAGGCGGCCAUGGAAGAGGGUUUGUACGAGAAAGUAAAGGUACAUGGUCCACAAGGGCCAGAAGCCAAGGCCUAUGCUUGUUCAAACUGCAUGGAGUACUUUGCCGAGUUGUCAACUGCAUUCUUGGGAGGGACAGCUACGGAGGUGGAAUAUAACAAAUGGUUUCCCUUCAACCGGCAACAGAUCAAGGAUCACGAUCCUCGUGCCUACAGAAUGUUGUCCAAAAUGUGGAAGGUUGAGACCCCAUGA